GUUGCUUUUCUGGACUGCAUUAAAGCUCUGGUCGAUAAAGCCAAUGAGUAUGGUCCAUGGUCCGGUAUGGAGAUAUUAAAAGCUGCUAAUGCAAAAUGCGCUCCUGGUUUUUCACAAAAAGGGCAAGCAUUGUAGGAAGAAGGCCAAGUGAUGCUUCAGUUACCUCGCACAAAUCAAACACUCACCCUUCACCGGCCGUAUCACCUGCAAGCACAAGCCGAUCUUCAAAUAUUGCUCAACCGUCGGGUUUCGACACUUUCAAUUUUGAGCAGUUUUUUAAACCAUCAACCAGCAUAAAUGCUCACAUUACUCCUGCGCAACCAACCUCAACUACGACAACAUCUUCGCCUUUUAGUUCACCUAUAUUACCUUCAUCACCGCAACAGCCGCAGCAACAGCGCCGGCAACAGAGUUUGUGCAUUUUAGAGGAGGCAAGAAGACAACAGUUGAGAAACCAACAACAACAACAACAUCGACAACAACAGCAGCAACACCACAAUGGACACAACAACAGCUACAACAGUUACUGCAGUUACAACAGUUUCGACAUUUGCAGGCUCAGCAGCAAUUUCAAGUUGCUCAAAGCCCGCAUUAUUUUCAACCGCUACAAACUACUCAUAACGUAAACUCUAUUACAGUCUCCUCGCCUCAGUUACAGCAGCAGCAGCAGUCUCGACAACAAUUACCUCAGCAAAUAUCAUCAACUAUCCCUUACCAGCAAACACAAACUUCCCUUGAUUACCGGCAGCAGGGUCA